UUCAGUUUUUUAAGUGUAUAAUUUUUCUUUAUAGUAUGGAUACCUUGUGGUUUAUUGUAAGUGAAUAACAGUAGUGUUUUCUUUAUACAAUUUAAAUUUUACAUUUGUAGCCUGUAGGAGCAGUUGAUAAAGUCAUACAGUGAUGCUGUUAGUCUUAAAAAUAUUGGGUUUACAUCAUUGGGAAAGCCUGGGAUAUGAAUAUUUUGAUUAGUUGCUUGAACAACAAAUACACAACUCCAUUUUUCGCACUACCUAUCUACCUCGGUGAGCCGCGUAUAUUAAUUGUAUAAAUGAGAUCGAAAAUAUUACAGUGUUUAUGCGUAUUCGUCCUAAGGCUUAUUGUAACUCAGGUUCAAAUUACGGGUGAUACCGCAAAUAUCACUAGUUCGGACGUCGAGGGCUAGGAGUUUCUAGUAGGGUUGUGUCGAGAGGAAUAGAUAGUUCAAGAAGUCGAUUUUGAUUUUGGUUGGAAAACAACACUGACAAGAAAAUGUGGUUCGUUUCAUUGUUAGUUUGUAUUGUACCAAUAAAGCGCGCAUCGAGAGGAAACAAGACUAAACGCAUAAACUCGCGUAAUCUCCACUGAUUAUUUCCAAAGGCUUAAAGGGAUUGCAAUCAAAUAUCAAAAUCCUCUUCCGUAAACGGCGAGAGUACAAAAUUAAGAAAACUCAAUUAUUAAUUAAAUAAUAUGUUGGUUUGGUGAGAUAUAGAGAACAACAGCCAGAAUAUUUAGUUUUCGGGUCCUUGCACAUGAAUGAUAAGUUCGAAUCUUAUUUUUUUCUUUUACGAAUUAAUAGUAAAACCAAGUUUAUAAGAACAUUUUUAUAUAAUUUGUCGUUAAACUGUAGUAUGAUGUUUACACAUCACCACAUAACAUAAUUUACAUAUAACACGGCUAACUCAAUUUUUUGUUUAUACUUUGUAUUACCGUUUAUACCAACGUUUAUUGGCAACGAAUUACGGAUUUAUAGAUUAAUUUCGAUGUUAAACAAUUUAAUACAAAUAAAACUGUUUUCUCUAGUAACGAGCUGAAUUUUUCGAUGAACUAAACCUCAUGAUGUUGUUAAGUACAGAGUGUAAAACGACAGCAGCAAUCGAUGCCAGGUCCGCUAUUUGGUUGAUAACCGUCAUGGUGACGGUGGCGUGCAGCGAUGCGACGACGGUACCGUCCGAUGCACCGGACUGCGGAUCAGAGACAAUCAAUGUAAAAGCGGCCAUCCAGAACUUGUACGCCGCAAUCAAAGCGUUCAAUGAUUCACCGGGUGUCAGAGACGGCGACAAGGUGUCGCUAGACGACGCGGUGGUGGCCAAAGCCAAGUAUGUAUUAAACAGCCUCUUGAAAAUGGUGUCGGACAGGGAGCCGUUGUUGCCUGAAGUGCGGUCGACGGCGGCAGCCGCGUCGUCCGACGACAGACGGCUAAGGAGUCUCGGACGCAAGUUUACGGUGACCAGUUGGUUACAAGGGUUGGACCUUCGCGGGGUGUCUAAGAUGGAUGGCUUGAUGGCCAAAGGUGUGAAAAUGGCGUUGGCCAGCGACACGCCAUUGUCUGUCACAAAUGCCGGGGACACCAUGUACACACACACCCAAGUGCAAUCCAGGGCCGGCCAGAUGGACAUCCAAGUACUGGGAACCCGCCUCUUAAACGUGCUCAAAGAACUUGAUGACAUAAAACGGCGGUGUGAAAUACAAAAAGCGCGAUCGAAAAUCAAUUUUUCAAGUUUCAGCUGCAGAAACUUGGGGGCACGAAGAUGUAUUAAUUAAUUAAAUCGAAUAAAGACGAUAAAAUGUGAUAUAAGCUGGAUUUUAGUUUAAAAUAGUAAGAAAGCAGUCGAUUUAUAUGUUUUCAAGGUUGCAGAGUUCAAAUUUGACCUCAAUUAUACCUAAUUUAGGGGACAUAAAGGGGGUUUUCGUAGUUUUGUACAAUUAUCUAUGUUACAUAUCGAUUCAUAAGUUUUUGAGGUCACCUAGUUCAAAUUUGACCUCAAAUUUACAGUAAACAAAUGUUAAAUAAUAUUUUUUAAUAAAAUAUAAAUUGCUUUCUUUGUACAUUUUAUUUAAAUAGAGGUGUGUAUUUGUACCAUAUGUAUAAGGUAUAAGGUAUGUCAAAGUUACAACAAUGCUCCCUCAUAUUUUUUGCCUUAAUGAUUCAUGUUUAGUUUAAGAUACUUGUUUAGAUUUAAUAUAGUUUGUUGUACAUUCACUUUUCAUUUUAUUACUAGUUGUUACAUAUAUUUGUUUUGUAUUUGUGUUUACCUACAUAAUUUCCGUUUGGUGUUUUUACAAAAAAAAAAAAAAAAUAAACAAUAAUU